CGCCCCGUGCAAACACUCACUACCUAAACCAGGAAGCAAAAUACACACGGACGCGGACUGAGGAACGAGGAAAAAUAACCCAGAAAGAGGAGUUAACGAGCGACUAUAAUCCAGCUGUGGAUGUGUUUAUUCAGCUAAACGCGCGCGGUUGCUGUGGGAAGUAUGGGACAGCACCUGGGAAAACGUGAGCCGUCGCCUGAGUCCAAGACUCUGUCAGACCCAGCAUCUAAAACCACAGCGGACUCCGAGUCUCAGGAUGAGGUCUUUGGCAUGAACGACUCGGACGUCAACCAGAACAAAAACCGUUCAAACAAAAGCGAGACGACGUCAGGCCCCGCCCCCACCGCCCCUCCCAGCACCGGACAGACCAAUCAGGCUGCCGGAUAUUGGCCACGCCCACACUUGGUCCGCCUUUUUUCCCGUGAUGCCCCGGGCCGAGAGGACAACACCUUCAAAGAGCGGCCGUCAGAGUCGGACGAACUUCACACCAUCGAGGAGGCCGGAGGAGCCACGUCUGAAAACGCAGAGUGAAAGCAAAAAACUCGACUCGUUCACUCGCUUCUUUUGCUCUUCGCACCCAACAUGGCAUCUUCAGGCUCAGCGGGACAGUCCGGCUUCAGACUCGGGCGUGGGAAGAAAAACCCUGGAGUGAUGGAUCAGAUUGGAAAAAUCUUUGGAGGAGAUAAGAAGCGGAAGAGCAAGGGCUCUUUCCGUGGCGCUCUCUCUGUUUCCCCUCAGAGGUCAAGUCACUCGUCUCCUCGCCGCCGCACUGGUGGCGACAAUGCUGUUGUUCACUUCUUCAGAUCUAUCGUGUCUCCUGCUCCUAAAAAAUCUAGGUGGCAUUCUUUCACAGCUAAACUAGGCAUGGGGGAUCAGAAGGGCUCAGUGAAGGCGCAAAAAGGGCGUGCAGGAGAGGGACAGGGCACGCUGACUCGCAUCUUCAAAAUGGGAGGAACCAGAGCAGCAUCUCCGGCCAAACGCUGAGUUCCAGCUCUUUUAUUCUUCUCCAUUAAACAUGAUGACCCUGAACGGAGAGAAAGGAAAGAAGAAGGAAGCUUUUUUUCUCCACUUACACUUUUUUCCUGCUGGUGUCUCCUGCACUAACCUGAACAAGAUCGUGCUCAUCCUCUCUGUCUGUUCAUAUAUUUAUUUAUGUCAAUUUCUCUGUCAAUUGAGUUCAGCGUGGUCAGAUCCUCCUCUGCCUUCCCCCAACGUGUCUGUCCUUGUCUUUUGAGAACAUGAGGCACUGAGAACCUUUUGAGGAAAGCUUUCUGAUUAUUAUUAGAAACUAACAGUAAUCACUUUGUAUCACUGAGAAUAAAAUUAUGACUGGUUUAAUAAGUUUAUUAUUGUUAUAUUAGAUUGUGACGUUACUAGCUAAUUGCAAAAGUUUGAUAAAGACUCAACAAGCUAGCUAGCUAGUUUAGCUCAUUCACAGUAGCUAGGACUUUCUAGUUGCAGAUUAGCUAACUUAGUAUGCUAGCUGAGUAUAAAAAGUCUUGCUAAGUCACAUGACGACAAAAAAACUGCCUCAAAAGGUUGUAGUGUAUCAUUUAUAUUACUGAAUAUUGUCUUGUGCCACUGUCUUUGUCUCAGGAGUCAAUGUGACUAGCGUUUAGCAUUUAACAGCUUGUUUAUCUGUGCACUGGAUAAACUCACACGUGUUGCUUCUUCAUGGCUUCAUGCAGUCUCGUCUCAAACUCACUCUUCCUCACUGUCUCAGAGGAUCUGACUGCAAACUGUAGAGCUAAAAAAGUGCAAAGUAACUGAAAUGUCGUCUCUUGUUGAUUUUCAGUCCCAGGGUUUCUAAACUGUUGUUCAUGUUUAGUCACUGCAUCUGCUGUCGACUUCUGACUCUCUCUCGCGCCUCUUUGGCCUUCGACUACUUCUUUUUAGAAUAAAAUCAACCCCCAAUAAGACAUGGACACAGCUAGCAUAAAAAGCCAUAGAUAUUAUGCAUGUGUUUGUCAGUUAGACUGCUAAUGGAGUGACGGGAAUCAUUAAAAAUUCAAAUAAAGGAGACAUGUAUGUGUCA